AUGGAUGAGGAAGACGCGGUUCUAGAUCGGUCCGACGACGAGCGCGAGUCCGACGAGCUGGCGGGGCGCGAGUCUGACGCCGACGGCAACAACGAUAACGAUAACGACAACGAUGCCGACAAUGACGGCGACGCCGACGCCGACGCCGACGGUGAAAUGGACGUGGACGACGACGAUGAAGAUGACGCGGACGGAGACGGCGAUGCUGAUGGCGAUGCCGAUGGUGAGGAAAGAGAUCAGGGCGAUGAGGACGAGGACUACCCCGCCAGCAGUGCCGCGACCAAGCACCCGUCCGUCGACGACGAAGAUCCCACAAACACAGUAAUAGACAAAGACCCGACCUGGCUGUACUCCUACGCUCAUUCUCGCCAGUUUGUGAAAAGCAAGCUCCUCCCAGGCCUCGACGGUUGUCCCUCAUACGAUAUUGCUCCCUACGUCGCGGCGCCAAUGUCGACCUCGAUCAACUGCGUCGAUCUACCGCAGAGCAUGAGAUGGAUCUUCACCGGCGGUCAAGACGGGUUUAUUCGGAAAUUUGACUUCUUUGCCUCAGUAAACGGAAAACUGCCGUUGACUGUCGCGCAGAAGCAUCCGUUUGCCGACAGUAUCACAAAAGCUGGUGUAUUGCUAUCUUAUUGGGAGAAUGAGAUUCCCACCGAAACCGAUGACACGGUUGUAACAGGCCCCGAAGACAGCGAGAUGCAGAUUUCACCUGUUUACGCGAUGGCCGUCCAAUCACAAUGCUUGUGGCUCGUGUCAGGAACUUCGACCGGAGGAAUUACUUUACAGUCGAUUCGACACGCCGAAGGCCGGAUCCACGCACACCUCAAAAAGCACACGUCCGCGGUCUCUGUGCUGCGGUUAAAUCGCGACGAGACCUCGGUCAUCAGUGGAGGCUGGGACAAGAAGAUUUUCGAGUGGGAUCUGAAUACAGGGAAUGUUGUGCGGGAUUAUUCAGGAAGUACGGGACAGAUCAGUGUUAUAGCAUGGCGGCCUGAGGUUGAUACUACUGUACCCUCAAGUGCGUUUAGUCAGAAUCUGGAGGCCGUCAAGGAGGACAUGUCAGCAAUGAACGGGGCCGAUAAUGACGCCGAUGCUGCCGCUGGGAUGGACAAGAAGGAAGACGACUCGGAUUCGAUGGGUUCACUAUUUGGAGAAGACAACGACGACGACGACGAGGAAACGCAUGGGGUUAGCAGUGAACUGAUGCAGCAUGACGUGAUUUCAGCUGCAGCGUCGACAGAAAAUCAUCCAGACGAGGAAAUGGUAGACGCUGUCUCUGAUCUGAAGGCGGAAAAAGACGAGUCUGAAGGGUUUGAGCAGGCUCAAACAAACGGAGCAAAUGACGCAGAUUCAGCAAAGCAGACGACCGAACAGCAGGAAACGGAUCAGAAAGAAUCCUCAACAUCAUUAGGUGGUGGUAGCGUCGUCGUUUCACUCAACGGUGACACCAGCGAAGGUGACCAAAAGGACCAGCAGCAGUCGAACAACGUCUUUGUAUCGGCAUCGAUCGACGGAAAGGCAAAACUCUGGGACAGAAGAUCAGGCAAACCCAUAGCCGACAUAGGUCAACAGUCAAGCGUUCCUCCCUGGUGUACGAGCGCCUGCUGGUCUCUCGACGGCAACAGCAUCUAUUUUGGUCGCCGAAACUGCGUCGUCGAGGAAUUCUCGGUGCGCGGAUCUCUAGAGAAGCCUUCGCGGACACUACGUCUGCCCGCCGGGUCCGGCCCUGUUUCUUGCGUGAGCCCGAUGCCGAACGGACGACACUUAGUCUGUGCGUCGUUCGACAACAUCCGCUUAUACGAUCUGCAACAGUCCGCGGCAUCGAGCACGUCACAAUCCUCGAGCGUCACAAGUAAAGUGCCUUUCCUGAUCGUACCCGGUCAUCACGGCGGCACAAUCUCGGACGUUCUGAUAGACCAGACGGGUAAGUACAUGAUUACCACGGGCGGUAAUAGAGGGUGGGAAGGAACUGCGACCGAAGUCAUGCUGGUGUACGAGAUAGAGAAAAUCAUGUAA